UUACAUAUCAUUUUACAUAAAAAACUAACACCUUUUACCACCAAUAACACAAUAACACUAUACUUAGCUCAGCUUAGUAUAGUUAUACCACCAUUAAAGGCGCAGUUCUUAAUUAACAGCGGCCACUAGCGUUGUAUUAUAGAUUUGCCACGAAUCGCUCAGUUCAAACACGACGGUGGCCACCACAGUACAAAAAGAUGUCGUUCUCAUGUUGACGCAGGUUAGAGAUUUUGCGGCAUUAGAAAGACUGUAGAAAGAGCUAUGACUUAUGUAUUACAUACAAUAAAAGGUUUGUGGAUUUUAAGUUUAAAAAGAAGGAUAAAAGUCAGGCAGGAGCUAGGGCCUGUGUUAAUAUUAUAAAGACUUUCCACCAGAGACACAUUAGCAGAUAUGUACUCACAGAUAUCUAUGGAGAUACUUUCCAGCAGAGAGAGACGUUGGAGGAGGAGGUUGCUUUGAUUCGGAUCAGCAUGUGAGUAACAUACUAACAUACCAAGAUAUGAUGUUGUGUAAUGUUAGCUGUGCGACGGAGCAGUUUUGAGCGUCAUUGUUUAUCUGGAACCGCUUUAAUAUUGUACUCGUCCAGAUAACUUACUUGAGAGAGCGAGAGCGCGUUGGAGCUGAAACUGGAGAGCGAGCGAGAGCGCGUUUUACUCUUUUAGUCAAUGAUGAAUAAACUUUCAGUUAAUCCGCAGGUCACAUGCGUUCCGCACCGGAGAGCACGAUCCGUACGGAUCAUCCCGCGAUCCGUUUCACCACGAUACCGCAGCGGAGAGGAAAAGGAAACGCGCGUUGUAGAGUUGUUUGUCCGUUUAGGGCUGCUGUACAAAACAUGGCGGCGAAUUCAAUGUAUGAAGGGCCGCUCUGUAUGUAGAUAUAAACAGCUUAUUCUAAGGUAUUACAAACUUAAUGGCUCAUUACGUGAGGUCUUUAUACACCUCUGAAGAAAUAGUUUUGUAUAUUAUAUUGUAUUUAUGUCAAUAGAUCCUCCUAAAAUGCCGUAUUGUUCCUUUAAAACUAAAACACCUGAAACCAAAUAGUUACAAAAUUGUCACAGUUUGCAAGUAAACCAGCAUGUCCACAUUGUUUUUGGUUUCAGGAAAACCUAAAUAUUUACUUAAACUUUUUACAAAAUGUUUUGAAGCACUAGACUCAAUUACUUAUUGCAAACCAUCUUAAUAUGCACAUUUACGAUUUAUAAUAUUUCUCUUGCAUCUCUACUACUGUCCAUACUACAGCUAUUGUUUAAGCAGUGUUCCUCUUGCGUUCCACAGAAGAAAGGAAGUCAUAGUCGUUAAAGGAAUAUUCUGUGGUAAAACGGAUCUGUCAACACUCCGGUUGUUUACCGUCAUUAAUCAUUUACAGAGAUUCAACAAUGACACAACGUUAUUGACAGGCAUGCACGGUCGACACAUGGGGUUAUGGAUCGUGGUUGUAUGUGUCCCUCUCUAAGCAUGUGAUUGUGCAUCUUUGCUUGUUUUGUUUUGUUUUGUUUCGUUUAGUAAGACAUGCACAUCUUCAAAUAAAUCUUAAUAGACUAUGACAUGAUGGCACACUGCCCUCUACAGCUGAUGUGAGGCUAGUGCAGCGUCCGCCGGUCCUGUCAUCAUCAUAUUGAGCGAGUGUACACAAAUGAGCAAGCUCUCUUUAUGGCCUCUUAUCUGCCCCUUGUUUAAACUGCCACCUCCACCCCUACUUCCUUUCAAUUAUAACAAAACACUUUAUAUUGAAUAAACAGCGAUCAAUCCAUCGCGCUUGGUAAUGUGUAAAACAUUGCAAAAUACGUAGUUCUCAUGUUCAUCAACGUGGGAUCGAUGGCAACACUUGUCUUGCUGAGCAGCAUAUGAGGUUUUACCAUCGGUUUAACCUUGUUCAUUUCCUGAAAACAAGUUUGUUAUCAUUUUUCCUUUUCGUACAUGAGUGACUCAUGGAUUCUCUAGCACUCUCUAGCUUCCAUAUAAAUAAGACUUUACGGCACAUCAUUUGUGUAGACAAUAAUUGGUCUUGGAGAUGUCACUUCAUGCUCGGUUUAUUGCAUAGGCUUAGUUUUACUUUGGAAUUGUAACAUCUAGGAGAGAAUUCAGUUUUAUUACUAUCAUAUCUUACGUUUGAAGAUUUUUUUUAUACGUUACAUUUUUCUAUCAUGCUUUUUGCCUGGUUUGUCAUUUUUCUUGUGCUUUUCCCCUCGCUUCAUUGGUGUAUGUAUGUUCCUGCACACAGUGUGCUUUUCCCCUUCAGAACUCAGGUCAGAGAACUGCUGCUCUAUACAGACGACAUAAGUCAAGAACUAUUCCUUGAAAUUAAUGCUGACGGCUCAGUCAGUGGGUCUUCGGAACAGAGCCCCAACUGUGUGUUGGAACUGCGCUCAGUGAAAGCGGGUGAGACAGUUAUCAAAGGUGUGGCUACAUCUCUUUUCCUCUGUAUGGACAGUGAAGGCAAAUUGAGAGGACAGAGAGGUUUUGCUGAAAAAGACUGCGUCUUUCAGGAAUUGAUACUGGAAGAUGGAUAUACUUGUUUCCGGUCUGCACACAAUGGACGUUCUGUGUCUCUGCCCUCAAAGCAGCCUAGGCAGAAACAUGGCCCUUCACUUUCUCGGUUCCUCCCCAUUAUGAAUAAACAAGAGGACAGCCAGAUACAGGAUGUGAAACAGUAUAUUCAAGAUGUAAACCUAGACUCUGACGACCCACUUGAAAUGGGACAUCAGUCACACAUCCAGAGCGUUUUCAGCCCCAGUUUGCAUUCUAAGAAAUGAAGACUAGG